AUGCCUAAAUUAGAUUUUGCUAUAGUAUGCUCUAGUAAUCAAAAUCGAAGCAUGGCUGCUCAUAAGCUACUGAGUAAGCGAGGCUUCAAUGUUACUUCAUUUGGUUCCGGUACUCAUUGCAAAUUACCUGGCCCAACUCCGGAAGAGCCUAAUAUUUACUCAUUUGAUUCCAGCUAUGAUGAAAUGUAUAACGAUUUGACCAAGAAAGAUAAAACAUUAUAUACACAAAAUGGUAUAUUACACAUGUUAGAUAGAAAUAGAAGGAUUAAAACCAAGCCCGAAAGAUUUCAAGAUUGUACUGUUAAACACGAUUGUGUUAUUUCAUGCGAUGAGCGUGUUUACGAUCAAGUCAUCGAAGAUUUUGAAAAUCGUGGCAACGUUAAUGGCACUCCCGUACACUUAAUCAAUCUGAAUAUAAUGGAUAAUCAAGAAGAAGCCACCAUUGGAGCUGUUUUAAUUUGCGAACUUUGCCAACAGAUUGAAGAAUGUGAAGACUUAGAUGACAAUAUCGAGAAUAUUAUUAAAGAGUUUGAGGAUAAAAAUAAGAGAACUUUAUAUUAUCAUGUAGCUUUCUAUUGA